AUGUUGCUUAUCAUCUUUUUCAUAUUUGCUAUAUGCGAUGCAGUAUGGAUCGGUGAAGAGUACUGGACAACGGUCAACAAUGAUGGUUCCUUACUUGGUGACCGAACUGUCAAAGAUUUUCUAACAUUUCACACUGCUCAUGUGAAAAUUCCUACGAGAAAGUCAUACAUCGCUUUUUGGGUAAUGUAUGAUGAACUUGGCCACUACGAAACAUUUGGACAUGCCUAUUUGGUUCAGAACGGAGUUUGCGCUCGUUUUGUGGAUCGUUAUCAUAAGACCAAAGCGAUAUGUGGCGGUUUUCGCGUACUUUCUAGAAGUAAUAACAAUGGAAAUUUAGCAUUUAAAUUUGUACAAGCUGGACAAGCCAAUAUUCAUGAAGCAAUCGAAUAUCGUAGUAGACAAGUGGCUAAGAUUGUAAGUUGGACAAAGAAUGAAGUUUGGUACGGUAGUGCUUGCAUGCAGGAAGCAUUUGCCGAAGGUAUCGAUUAUGAAAAUGAUUAUGUCAAGAUAUCGUAUGUUGAAGAUCCAUUUUUUUAUCAACAAAAUGUGUAUAUUCUCGUAAGGUGUAAUCCGGAUGAUCCGGAAGCCGGAAAGUCACAGCACUACACAUAUUAUCACACUCCAAAAGAAGUGAUAGGUGACAGUCAACGUUUACGAUUUGAACAACAACGUCAGCGAAUAUUACGUCAUAAACAACAGUUACAUGAACAACAAAUUAAACGUGAACUGCAGAAUCGUAAAAGUGAAGAAAAACUUAGAUAUGAAGAGCAGCAACACGAACAACAUCAAUUUUCGAUGGAUGAUGAACCCGAUGAAAAGUGGAAAUUUUAUCGAUAUUCACGACGACUCUAA